GCAGGCGGAGACCGGGGCGGAGACUCGAUUCCAGACUUACUUUCCUGCUUCUUUUAACGCAGAUCUUGCGCCAGCAAGUAAGAUCCCUCGCCAGCCCUUGCCAGGAAGAGGAGUCCCCACCACCUCAGCUGUGCCCAGCCCAGCCUCUCUCAACGAUGUGGGGUAUUUGGUGCGCUCCGUCUUGCCUACUCUUGGUUCUCGGCUGCUCCGCGUCUCUGGCGGAGCCAGGCGCUCCAGCCGGCGGUUGCCCUCCCUGCGUCCCCGACGAUUGCCCGGCGCUGCCAGCCUGGGGUUGCCCACUGGGCAAGGUGCGUGACAACUGCGGCUGCUGCUGGCGAUGCGCUCGCGGCGAGGGAGAAGCGUGCGGCAGCGGAGUCUCGGGCGGAGCCACCGUCGUCUGGGGACGCUGCGCAGCCGGCUUGGAGUGCCGCCGCCGAACCAAAAGCCGGGGGGCCACCGGCGUGUGCGUUUGCAAGAGCCGCUACCCGGUAUGCGGCACCGACGGCCUCACCUACCCCAGCACUUGCCAGCUGCGGGCGGCCAGCCUGCGCGCCCAGAGCCGAAGCGAUCGCCCCGUCGAGCAGCGGAACAAGGGGCCUUGCGAGAAAGGCCCAUCCAUUGUGACCCCCCCUAAAGACAUCUGGAAUGUCAGUGGGGCCCAGGUUUAUCUGAGCUGUGAAGUCAUUGGAGUUCCAACUCCAAUUCUCACCUGGAACAAGGUAACAAGGGGACAAUAUAGCAUCCAAAGGGUGGAACUUCUUCCAGGAGACCGAGACAAUUUAGCCAUUCAGACUCGCGGUGGUCCUGAAAAGCAUGAAGUGACAGGGUGGGUAUUGAUAUCCCCACUGAGCAAAGAUGAUGCUGGAGAAUAUGAGUGUCAUGCAUCUAACUCUAAAGGCGAAGCCACAGCUUCUGGAAAAAUUACUGUGGUAAAUUCCUUACAUGAAAUACCUGCAAAAGGUAGGUGAGUGAAAGUACUGAGCUGUGAAAGGUGAACCAUAUAUAAUGCAUAGGGAGAGACAGCGGCUUUCAUCUAUAACAGGUUUUUCGGAAAACUCCCAACCAGCCAUGCCUCUCUAGUACCUUAACUCCUACUAUUUUUGCUGUAAUUCCAAUAAAGUAUUUAGUGAAUGUCUGAAAA